ACAGACUAGACCUUUCUAUAUCUUCUUCGAACAGUCAUGCCACCCUUUUCUAAAGCAAAUCAGCUUGUUCACGAUCUAGUGCCGGGACCCGGCGCAGCGCAGAGCGAAACCUUGCCUGGUCAGCCUUCUGUUCUACUCAAAGACCUCAAUCGUACAAAAAAGUUCCUUUAUGACGACCUAUGGUCAGAAGAUCUCGACAGAAUGGCACCGCGUCUGUGGAUCAUGACGACCUUGUCGAGUGCGAAUAUCAACCCUCUACACCGCCAGCGCGUCAAAGGUCGCGAGAUCAUCGUAACAGAAGAGGCCCGUCUGCAUCUUGUGUGGAUACACGACCGCAUAUUCAUCAAACCUAUUCCACGAUAUCUUCUGUCGCACGAUUUCUGGGAGGUGUAUUUUAAUCAAAAGCUAGGAUCGCCGGACGAUGGUAGCAGGAACCUUCGCGCGGCCGCGGCUGGCUUCUUGCGGACGUACCGCUACUUGAUCAGGCACGAAUCAGACUUUUACCUUGCUCAGCAGGACAGCCUUCGCCUUAUUCCUAAGGAUGUGGACUGGGCAUCCUUCUGCCAUUUCACCUCGGACCUGAACGGCAUUCAGGACUCAGCUGUAUCAAGGCGGUACUGCUUCGGAGAGCUGAGGCUGACGCGACUUAACUUCUACGCCCCGUUCCUCCUGCGCAAGUUUCACUUUGAGCAGGUGCAUGGACAGUAUGGCGACUAUUUUGCGCGACUAUACGGGCCUGUGCUGUUCGUGUUUGCUGUGGUGUCUACCAUUCUCAACUCCAUGCAGGUCGCACUUGCAGCUGAUCAGUCGCUGGCUGUGCACUGGAUUUCUGUUUGGCAUGCAUCUCGCUGGUUCAGCGCGAUUAGCAUCGUAGGGACCGCUGUUAUCGCCCUUUGCUUUGCAGUUCUUUGGCUGUGGAUGUUCUUGGACGAGUGGGUGUACACCCUAAGACAGAAAUGGAAGGCGCGGAGUGCUCUGUUAGAUAUGUCGAAAUGUUGAAAGACCUUAGUUGUGGUUGAAGAAAAGACUAUCUUGCGGCAAAGGG